GCACAGCGAGAGAGAGAAUCAUGAGUGGCCGUGGAAAGGGAGGCAAGGGACUCGGGAAGGGCGGCGCCAAGCGGCACCGCAAAGUCCUCCGCGACAACAUCCAGGGCAUCACGAAGCCCGCCAUCCGCCGCCUGGCUCGCCGCGGCGGAGUCAAGCGCAUCUCCGGCCUGAUCUACGAGGAGACCCGCGGCGUGCUCAAGGUGUUCCUGGAGAACGUCAUCCGUGACGCCGUGACGUACACGGAGCACGCCAAGAGGAAGACGGUGACCGCCAUGGACGUGGUGUACGCCCUGAAGAGGCAGGGCCGAACCCUGUACGGCUUCGGAGGUUAAACCCGACCAGACCCGAUCCCACCUGACCUGACCAGACCCGAACCGAACCCAACAAACAACGGCUCUUUUCAGAGCCACCCACACUUCUCAAGACACGCUUCCUGCAUGAAACGCUGGUCGAUCACCCAACUGCUCACACACGGUGAAGCUACACCACCGACCUCCUCCCCCACUUGUUGCUGUCCAAUGUUGAAUUCUGAACAGAUUAUUCUGAUAUUAUAGAUUUGAUUUGAUUUCUCUGCCUGCUUGUUUUACAGAUUCUCGUAAAUUCCUUUCCAAAUAAACCUUCAGCCAUAAACGUUCAAUAAA